UGCCGGAGUAAUGCACCGAGAAAGAAGCACAUCUGGAGCAGCUACAUUUAGAUUGUCAAACUUUUUUUAAAUAUAAAUUUGGAUUAGAAGUUCUUUUUCUCUCUAAGGAUGGAUCGCGCUCCCGUAUAACGCUUCAAUAGACGGAUCCUUCUUUAAUAGGAACCUGUCGAUAACCCAUAUGAUAUGUUGGCAGCUCUCAUGUGGUGCAGCUGCAACAUCCUCAGUUUAAAACCGCUGGACAGGGGCUCGGAGCAGGUUACACAAAUCCAAAUAUGCGCUUAACUGGAAUGCUGUGGCGAGGCGUCCCUUGCACCCCUACCGGGAUAACGUUGCCGUGAUGUUCAAUACUUCGGGAAUUGAGUUCACUUUUAACAAGAAAGAGGAUAUUUCCGAAGUUGUCAAUGACACCCCGCAGCUUCUGUACAACUCCCCCGUCACCAGCAGUCCCCCAGCAAUGUGGAACGAGUCGUGUGGGGAGCAACUGCUGGAUUUCGGGCGCCCGGAGAAGAUCAUUAUCGGGGUAAUGCUGGCAAUCAUCACGGCCGUCACCGUGAUGGGAAACACGCUGGUGGUUAUCGCAGUGUGCGUGGUGAAGAAACUAAGACAGCCUUCUAACUACCUUCUGGUAUCCUUAGCAGUGGCGGACCUGUCGGUGGCCAUAGUUGUGAUGCCGUUCGUAAUAGUGACAGACCUCACCGGGGGCAAGUGGCUGUUUGGGGAGGUGUUCUGCAACAUCUUCAUUGGCAUGGAUGUAAUGUGCUGCACUGCCUCCAUCAUGACCCUGUGUGUGAUCAGUGUAGAUAGGUAUCUGGGUAUCACGCGGCCUCUCACCUACCCAGCCCGCCAGAAUGGUCAACUGAUGGCGAAGAUGAUCCUUGGAGUGUGGCUGGUCUCAGCAUCCAUUACCCUGCCACCUUUCUGCGGCUGGGCCAAAAAUGUCCACACAGCAGGUGUGUGCCUCAUUAGCCAAGACUUUGGCUACACCAUCUAUUCAACAGCCGUAGCCUUUUACAUCCCUAUGCUGGUCAUGCUGGUCAUGUACUAUAAGAUCUUCAGGGCAGCUCGUAAGAGUGGCGCCAAGCAUCGCUUUACCGACCUUUCGCGGCGUGAGCGCCUUGAGACAGUGACCAAUGAGGCGCUGCGCAUGCAGGGCCUGAAGCCACCCGGUAUGGCUGAGGAGUGCGCUGCCUUGUCACGCCUGCUUAACCAUGAGCGCAGAAACAUCUCCAUCUUCAAGCGGGAGCAGAAAGCAGCCACAACACUCGGGGUAAUCGUGGGGGUAUUCACUGUUUGUUGGCUGCCGUUCUUCAUUCUAUCCACCGCCAGACCCUUCAUCUGUGGAGUGGAGUGUAGCUGUGUGCCCAUCUGGCUGGAACGCACACUGCUCUGGUUAGGCUACGCCAACUCUCUAAUGAACCCCUUCAUCUACGCCUUCUUCAACCGGGACCUGCGCUCCACUUAUCGUGACCUUCUCCGCUGUCGUUAUCGCAACAUCAACCGUCGACUGUCUGCUGUGGGCGUGCACGAGGCUCUUAAGGCGUAAAGCAGGCAUAUAUUUUAGCGGCAUAUACCGACUCUGGAAAAGUGUGAUGACCCCGUACUUAUACACUCGGUGCUUAAAGAGCACCAUGUACACAGCAAGCCUCUAGACAGACUGUCAGAGUGAGAGUCAUUGUUGGUGGCGCUCUGGCCCCUCGCAAAGACAGAGAGACAGCGCAAUCACUCCAAUGUGAGAGUGUGUGAGAGAGAGUGUGUGUGUGUGUGUGACUCAGUCAUUCUAUUUUGAGAAAGAAAAUCAUAGAGAGUGCUUGAUGGGCUAUUCAAGCCGACACUGCUUUUGUGCAUAUGCCACAAUUUUGUCCUGACUCUGGAUUUAUGGUGGGAUCAUGUAGUGACAAAGGAAAUGAAACACAAUCAAUCAUCCUAAGGCUUUCAAAAGGAACAAGAAGCAAACAGAUUUCUGUAUAAUAACAGUACUGAUGUUUGUUUUGUUUUGUGCACAAUGUCUGCUGUGCAUCUUCAUCAAAUCGUGUUUAAACAGAUUGAUUUCAAGCCAGGAGGUGAACACUCUGAGGUGGAUUGUGCUUUGUGCCAGGAUUAAAUAAGUAUUAAGUAUUUAUAUCACUGUAUCUCCAGCCAUUUGUUUCUAUUUGGUCCUCUCACUAAAUUUAACAGGAGCACCUUAAAUGUUUCACAAAUGUUUAAAGUGUGAUGAUGCCAAAGGAAAUGAGGUGGGUGUAAAAUGGUGUUAAAACGCAACAUAAGGGAAACAUUUUUCCAUUCAUGAAAUCUUGGUAUUUCUACAAGAUAAACUGAAAGUACUUUGUUUAGCAUCUGCAUGAAAAAUGGUUUUCUUACACACCACUGUAUACAUAAAUUAUGAGACUUUUAAUAGUGAAUGACGGUUUGGCAGAGGCGUUUCCAUGUUUCAGCCAGCCAUUUUACCACACACAUUAAUUCAAUAUGAACUCAAUACUUUAUGUCAGAAACCAUGAUACUGUGGACUUUUCCAUUCUUGUUUUUUUUUUUGCCUUGAUGGGUUUAAUCCCACACUUUGCUGCUGACCUUCUUGCUUGAUACAGAAAAGUACGCUGCAAUUUUGCUUUAAAAGUUUACAUGUUCUUCUGACUGUUUUGUUGCACUGGCUGUCGACAGUGUUUCUGUCUCUCUUUUGAAUCAGGAUGUGGUCACUUCUGUCCUGACUACACUCCCAUUUGAACUACUUGGUAACCUGUAAGAAUCUGUGUCAAACGUCAUCAUUCAAGCAGUGCGUGCUUUUUCUACCUCGGGUUUUUGAACAUACUGUACAGUUCCUCCUAACAGAUGUACCGCUGUCUUGCAUCAUUUUGUAAUCAACAGCUAUUUUAUAACAUGUAAGAUCAGUUUGUCUACAACUGCUCUGUGAUUACUCUGUUUGACUGCUUCAUCAUUGCUUUCAGAAAAAAAAGCCAGGGAACUGGCAAAGCAUUUCAUCACUUUACAAAUAAA